GGGAACUACUAGUAGCGUUCCUGUAGAUGCAGGACGGACAGUAGAGAAUGUAGCACCGACGUUCCCAUCUUAGCUAAAUUGUAUCCAGACAGCAACGACGAGAAGAGAACAGACCCGUCCAUAUUACUGCCGCUGUUUCAGCAGGAGUGGUUUCCGUGGUGAUGGACCCUCCUGGCAGACGAGACGAGCGUGUGCAGCAGCAGGAACGCCUGCAAAGGGAAGAGGCUUACUACCACUUUAUCAAUGGGCUGAGCGAAGAGGAGUACCGGCUAAUGAGGGACAGCAACCUGCUCGGCACCCCUGGUGAGGUGACGGCAGAGGAGCUACGGCAGCGUCUGGAUGGAGCCAAGGAGCGUCGGUCCUCCCAGCCGCUCUCCGAGCCCCGGUCACAGAGCAGUGAGACGGGAGAUGAUGACGGGGGCAGUGGGGGUGUGGAUGCAGGCAGGGAGGCUUCUAAUGGGGACUCGCUGCUUGAGUGGCUGAACACUUUCCGGCGCACGGGCAAUGCCACACGCAGUGGGCAGAGUGGGAACCAGACCUGGCGUGCCGUCAGCCGCACUAACCCCAACAGCGGCGAGUUUCGCUUCAGCCUAGAGAUAAACAUCAACCACGAGCAGCCAGAGCCUGGUGACUCCACAGGUGACCCUGCCUCCGCCACACUCACCCACUCCACCCAAAGCAGGAGGACACAGGCACGGCGCACCCGCAGCAGUCAUGGCCCGGCUCUGAAUCCACCCCCCCCUGCGCCUGAGCCAGAACAGCACAGCACUAGUCUGAGCAGGGUGACUGCGCUGGAUCAGCCAGCAGUCUUGCCCCAUGGUGGCCAGGGCAGUGACACUCGGUCUCCUCCUCGGGUUGCACGGGAGGGCCAGGACUGCCCACCUUCAAUGUUGGCCCAGCCUGGCCAGCAGAGGGCCUUGCCCUGUAGAAGCAGGACUAGAUUGCGGGGGCGGGGCCACAGGACAGGUGGGGCCCACCGCCGUUCUUCACGACGAAGUCGCUCCCCACUGCACAGACCCCCUACCCCUGGCACCAGCCAGGCCGACAUACCUGAGCCCUAUGGGCAAGCCCAGGUUGCCAUGGAUAUGGCAGGGGAGCCAGCGGUAGAUGUGGCACCCUUGACGGAGCCAGUCACGGAGGCAGAGUCUCAAGCAACAGGCACUGUGGGCGGUGGAGUCCGACGUCAUCCCACUAUCAUGCUUGACCUGCAGGUGCGGCGGAUCCGUCCCGGGGAGAACCGAGACCGUGACAGCAUCGCCAGCCGCACCCGCUCCCGCGUUCGCACCGCUGAAAACACGGUCACCUUUGAAAGCGACAGCGGCGGUUUCCGUCGUACCAUUUCCCGGUCGGAGCGUGCCGGAAUUCGCACCUAUGUCAGCACCAUCCGCAUCCCACUGCGCCGCAUCUCGGAGACCGGCUUGGGUGAGCCCAGCUCCACUGCGCUGCGCUCCAUCCUGCGCCAGAUCAUGACUGGCUUUGGUGAACUUAGUUCCCUUAUGGAGACAGAGGCUGACACUGUGGCCACCGUGCCUGGCCCACCUCAGGCUUACCGCAUGCACACUGAAGAGACGGGGCACCAGGAGCAGCGCAGUGCCGAAGGGCAAGGUACUGCGGGGGGGAGCGGGGAUGAGGAGCGGACGCGUGUAGGUGGGGCUACUGGUGAGACGCGAGUCACUACCAGGGACACCAACAACCUGGUGGAGAAUGGCACCCUGCCGAUCCUGCGCCUUGCGCACUUCUUCCUCCUAAAUGAGGAAGAGGAGGAUGAGCACCCACAUGGCCUGACCAAAGAGCAGAUCGACGAUCUGUCCACACGCACCUAUGGCCAGGCUAGCUUGGAGGGUGAGCUAGGACGCACCUGCAGUGUCUGCAUCAACGAGUACACCCAAGGCAACAAGCUUCGGCAGCUGCCCUGUACGCACGAGUUCCACAUCCACUGCAUCGACCGCUGGCUAUCCCAGAAUAACACCUGCCCCAUCUGUAGGCAGCCCAUACUGGCCACCGACCCCACUCUCUCCACCUGACCCCACCCACCAAGACGGACACCAUGCCAAGCACUCCCCCCCCCCCCCCCCCCCACGCACCAAAAAGGAUGUGGCCUCUGUAAAUAUAUUAACUUUGUUCUUAACUGAUAUUGAAGGUGGAACCUAGAAACAACAAACAGGAGAGGAAAAUAAUUGGCAACAUUGCCAAGCAGCAAAACUUCUAAUUUAAUCUUUAUGCUUUCAGUUUCCAGUGCAGCACUUUGUCUCCGUAUGUAUGGCUUCAGAAAAAAUGAUUGUAAAUGAAUGCAUCAGCAGCAUUUUCAUGAAUUGCAGACUCCACAGCCUCAUACUUGCCUUUCAUUGGUUUCCAAGCCAAAUCCUUUCUCAGUCUCCAAACCCACGAACAUGACAGUGACAUGUAAAUACAUAUCACUGCCAAAACCUGCUGUUUCUUCUUACACUUGCCAUUUUAACCCCGGAAAACCUAAACCAACUGUCCAUCAUCAGGACAUCAGAACAGUUUGUUUAAAUUUUAGUAGGUUGUGUGUAUGUGCAUGGCAAAGGGGCCAUGGACCUCCCUGUCAAUAGGAUGGGGGUUUCUGUUGAAUUGUCGCUGUUUUUAUGUUUAGGACCUGAUCUGAUGCUGAAAGGACAUGCUCUACUUUAUUGCAUUGUCUGUUGUGGGCUGUCUGACUUCUGCAACUCACACGCACUGACGUACCUCUUGAGCCAUUAUUUCAGUGUGUGCCAUCUCUGCGUCUAUAUCAUUCUCUCCCUCAGUUUCCAAAAUAAGUCAAAUCACAUGCAUGAAGGGUGCUAAACAAUGUUCGAUUUUGGUUUUGGGUUCUUUUGGUGGGUGGGAGGUGGGGGUUCAGUUGUUUGAGGUGUGAGGAACAGAACACCUUUAUCAAUGUUAGUUCAUCUCUGUUACAUAAAAUAAUUUUCUGUAAAGUAAAUCCAAGAAUUUCACUGCAUUAAAGAUGCGCUUGAGUGAACAUCUGUGUAGACUGAUUGUAUGUAACAUUUAAGAUGGUAAGUUUUAUACAAUUCC